CAGAGUGCAAACUUUAUAUGCCCUGUGUAUUUAUACAAACUUGUGGUAAGAAUGAGAUGAGGUCUGCAGCGAUAAGUGAAAACGUAGAGUGAGAAAAUCAGUACCACUUAUAUUAUAAUGGAGGGAGUUAAUACUUCUUCGAUGAAGCCAACAUGUCGACCAGAACUGUUUGAUUUUGAAGGCAUUUCUAUGGUCCAUUACUUCACUGAUAACUGGGAAAAGGUUCAGAAAUUUCAAGCAAGACCAAAUGAUAUCCUCAUUGCUACUUACCCCAAAGCAGGUACUACCUGGGUCUCCUACAUUUUGGACCUACUCUAUUUUCACAAUUCAGCACCAGAGCGUCAGACCUCUCUGCCCAUCUUUGUAAGAGUGCCUUUUCUUGAGGCAGUCUUUCCUGAGAUGCCUACAGGGGUUGAUCUGGCAGAUAAAUUGCCCAACACACCACGGCUCAUCAAAACUCAUCUACCUGUUCAGUUGGUGCCCAAGUCCUUCUGGGAACAGAACUGCAAGGUUGUUUAUGUAGCUCGCAAUGCCAAAGACAAUGCUGUGUCUUAUUUCCACUUUGCUCGUAUGAUCAACUUACUACCUGAACCGGGAAACUGGAACACUUUUUUACAGAGUUUCAUGGAUGGAAAGCUGGUGUCUGGACCUUGGUAUGAUCAUGUGACAGGCUACUGGGAGAAGAAGCAGACAUACUCUAAUCUUCACUACAUGUUCUUUGAAGAUAUGGUAGCGAACACCGAGCAUGAGUUGGAGCAACUGUGCUCCUUCCUCGGUUUAUCUACACCAGCGGAAGAGAGGGAGAGAAUUACAAAAUGCGUUCACUUUGAUGUUAUGAAGCAGAACAACAUGACCAACCAUUCCUCAUUCUCACACAUGGACUUCAAGAUCUCACCAUUCAUGCGUAAAGGUAAAGUUGGAGACUGGAAGAAUCACUUCACUGUGGCUCAAAAUGAGCGGUUUGAUGAACACUACUGGCAGAAGAUGAAGAACACAACCCUACAGUUCCACACAGAGAUUUAAGAAUAUAAUUUACAAUAUAUUACACAGCAGUUUAGUCAAGAUUUUUUGUCCACAUGUGCUUUACAUAAUCAUUAAAAGACAUAAUGAAAGGAAUGGGUUUUUUUUUCCACUCCAGGAUAUCAAUUCAAUUAAAAUACUUAUGUAUUAUGAUGUAAUUAAUAAAAAAUUACUACUCUGAGGUAUUAAAUGUCUACAGAUCACUAACAAAGACUCAGCUUAUUUAUGUAUAUCAGCAACGUAUACAAUCCUAGAACAUGACUGAACUGCGCUUAUUGAUAUAAAAUGUUUAUGUCUAUGUAGUGCUCUAGUUAAAAAGUGGAAUGUUACAAGCAUGCUCAAGCAGAAAUAAAGCUGCUUACUUGAU